GGGAGGAGAAGCGGAGGCGCGGCAAACCCCUCACCUCGGGCGGAUUCCUCAGCCACGUUUCCGUCCUCCCCCCCUCCACGCCGCCGCCGCCUCAGGCUACCGGGUUUUUUUUUCUUGUUCCCUCCUCCCGUCUCUUCUCUCUCUCGGGGGUGGGUGGGAGGGGGGGGAAGGUGAAAACGAGCGGGUCAGGUUGGCCCCGAUGCAGAACCUGAGCAUGGAGCAGGCACCGGGAGGAGGGCGGGAGGCUGCCUAUGUUCGGCGGCGCUGCUACUAGGAUCGGAAGCGAGCCUUGCCCGGCGCCCUCCCCCCUCUCACCCCCCUCCCCCCCGAUGAGAUGAAAUCUCGCAAAGGGUAGCCGGAGGGAGAUCGAGAGCCAGCAAAAGCGACCGAAGAGCCGGAGCCGGCAAAGCUUCGAGGAGGAGGCGUCGCGCCCCGGGGGGGGAAGGUGGAGAUCGUGCAACAUGCCAGUUCGCAGAGGUCACGUGGCGCCACAAAACACCUUUUUGGGGACCAUCAUCCGGAAAUUCGAAGGGCAAAAUAAAAAAUUCAUCAUUGCUAAUGCCAGAGUGCAGAAUUGUGCGAUCAUCUACUGCAAUGAUGGCUUCUGCGAGAUGACGGGGUUCUCCCGGCCAGAUGUCAUGCAAAAACCCUGCACCUGUGACUUUCUUCAUGGACCAGAAACCAAAAGGCACCAGAUUGCCCAGAUUGCCCAGGCGCUGCUUGGAUCGGAGGAGAGAAAAGUGGACGUUACCUAUUAUCAUAAAGAUGGGUCAACCUUCAUUUGUAACACCCACAUCAUCCCAGUGAAAAAUCAAGAAGGAGUGGCUAUGAUGUUUAUUAUUAUCUUUGAAUACGUAACUGAUGAAGAAAAUGUGGAGUCUCCAGAGAAAUUCAGCCAGAUACUAACAGCCAAAGUUACAAACCAUGGUAACAACCUUUCAAGAGGAGCUUCAUCAGGCAAACUUUUUGGAUUCAGGCUACCUGGAUUGAGUCUUUUAUCCUACCGAAAGCAAUCUUUGCCACAAGAAGAUCCUGAUGCAGUGAUUGUCGAUUCAUCAAAACACAGCGACAACUCCAUGGCCAUGAAGCACUUCAAAUCUCCUACGAAAGAAAGCUGCAGCCCCUCUGAAGGAGAUGACACCAAGGCACUCAUUCAACCAAGGACGUGUUCACCUCCAGUGAAUAUAUCUGGGCCUCUAGAUCAUUCAUCACCAAAACAGCAGUGGGAUCGACUGUAUCCGGAUAUGCUGCAUUCCAGCGUGGCGUUGACUCUUGCUCAGUCAAAAGAGAGUGUUACUAGUAUAAGGAGAGCGUCUUCAGUGCACAACAUAGAAGGAUUUACCAUCCAUCCCAAGAACAUGUUUAGGGAUCGGCAUGCUAGUGAAGGUCCUUUUAACCAUAUCAAGUCAAGUCUGUUAGGAUCUACAUCUGACUCAAACCUCAACAAAUACAGCACCAUCAAUAAGAUUCCCCAGCUCACGCUAAACUUUUCUGAUAUCAAAAAUGAAAAAAAGGCAUCAUCACCUCCAUCAUCAGAGAAAACAAUUAUUGCGCCCAAAGUGAAAGAAAGAACACACAACGUCACUGAAAAGGUUACACAGGUCCUAUCUUUGGGAGCUGAUGUCCUGCCAGAAUAUAAGCUCCAAACACCUCGCAUCAACAAGUUUACGAUAUUGCACUACAGCCCUUUCAAAGCCGUCUGGGAUUGGCUCAUUUUACUGCUUGUGAUCUACACUGCCAUCUUCACCCCUUACUCGGCAGCCUUCCUUCUCAAUGACAGCGAAGAACAGAAGAGGCGGGUGUGUGGCUAUUCCUGCAACCCCUUGAACAUGGUAGACUUAAUUGUGGAUAUUAUGUUUAUCAUUGACAUUCUCAUAAACUUCCGAACGACAUAUGUCAACCAGAAUGAAGAAGUGGUAAGUGACCCGGCGAGAAUAGCAAUUCACUACUUCAAAGGCUGGUUCCUAAUUGACAUGGUUGCUGCAAUACCUUUUGACCUGCUGAUCUUUGGAUCUGGCUCGGAUGAGACAACAACUCUCAUUGGCCUUCUGAAGACAGCCCGUCUACUGCGUUUAGUGAGGGUUGCCCGGAAACUGGACAGAUACUCGGAAUAUGGUGCGGCUGUCUUGAUGUUACUAAUGUGCAUAUUUGCACUCAUUGCUCACUGGCUGGCUUGCAUUUGGUAUGCCAUUGGGAAUGUUGAAAGGCAUUACUUGUCUCGCAAAAUCGGUUGGUUGGACUCCUUGGGACAGCAACUGGGAAAACAUUACAAUCGGAGUGAUGGCAGCUCAGGACCAUCCAUCAAAGACAAAUAUGUCACCGCACUUUAUUUUACCUUCAGCAGCCUGACCAGUGUAGGAUUUGGAAACGUGUCUCCAAAUACCAACUCAGAGAAAAUCUUUUCUAUUUGCGUCAUGCUGAUUGGCUCAUUAAUGUAUGCAAGCAUUUUUGGAAACGUAUCCGCAAUAAUCCAAAGACUAUAUUCUGGAACGGCACGGUAUCACAUGCAGAUGCUACGUGUGAAAGAGUUCAUUCGCUUUCAUCAGAUUCCCAACCCAUUAAGGCAGAGGCUCGAGGAAUAUUUCCAACACGCGUGGACGUACACCAAUGGCAUCGACAUGAACAUGGUCCUAAAGGGGUUUCCAGAAUGUUUGCAAGCUGAUAUCUGUCUCCACCUCAACCAAAGCUUACUUCAAAACUGCAAAGCUUUCCAUGGGGCGAGUAAAGGGUGUCUCCGGGCUCUGGCUAUGAAGUUUAAGACUACUCAUGCACCUCCUGGGGACACACUAGUCCAUUGUGGUGAUGUUCUGACUGCACUUUAUUUCCUUUCCCGAGGCUCCAUUGAAAUCCUCAAGAAUGACAUGGUUGUAGCAAUUCUCGGCAAAAAUGAUAUUUUCGGAGAAAUGGUCCAUCUUUAUGCAAAACCAGGGAAGUCAAAUGCAGAUGUGAGAGCACUAACCUACUGUGACUUACAUAAAAUCCAGCGAGAAGACUUGUUAGAGGUUUUGGAUAUGUAUCCUGAAUUUUCAGACCUGUUUCUCACCAAUUUAGAACUCACUUUCAACUUGAGACAUGAAAACGCAAAAGCUGAUCUUGCAAUAAGGCGACAGACCACAAAUGAUUCGGAUGGAGACAACGGUAAACUCCGAAGAAGGAAAUUGUCUUUUGAAAGUGACAUGGACAAAGAUUAUGAUAAAGAAGAUGAGAAUUCCAUGGACAACAACAAACAUUGUCAGGCCAUCGAGAAACAUUAUGUGGAAAAGAGAAGCAGGUCAUCGUCUUUUGUGUCAUCUACAGAUGAUGAGCAGAAACCUUUGUUUUCUGAGAUCAUAGGCUACACAGAUGGACUAGGCAAGGCUGCAGUGUUGGAUUUUGAGGAAAUGGUGAAUGCAACAGAAAGAAUCCAAAGUGAUCGACGAAGCCACUCCUGUAAAGAUAUCAGGGACAGGAGAACCUGGGAGGAAGAUCAGAGCAGAAGUCACCAAGAGUCAUCCUGCCCAUCCGCAAUACCUCAUGUCACCUGGGGAAUCUCUGAAACAGAAAGUGAAAUCAACUAUGGGGAAGUGGAACAGAGGUUAGAUCUACUUCAAGAGCAACUCAGCAGGCUUGAAUCUCAAAUGACAGCUGACAUUCAAACCAUCUUACAGCUGUUGCAGAGACAGUCAACCCUCAUCCCACCUGCUUAUAGCAUGGUGAUGGCAAGCGCAGAUUACCAGAAACCAGGUGUCCGGCUCCUGCGACGCCUUCAUCCCAUCGCAUCAAUUAAAACAGAUCGAAGCUUCAGUCCUUCACAGGGUCCCAAAUUCUUGGAUCUUGACAAAUUGAAAGAGAAAUCCAAAGAAUCCCUCUCAAGUGGAGAACAACGCCUGGCCUCGGAAGAUAACCUGGCUUCCGUUUUGGAACAGGAGCACGACCUCUCUGUAGAGCCAACCCCAUCGCUCCGUAAGACCUACCUCCACCCAAAUAGGCAUCCAUCCUUGCCCGAUUCUCCCCUAAGCACGACAGGAAUGUUGGGUCUCCAUAGGCAUGUCUCUGAUCCUGGUCUUCCUGGGAAAUGACCCUUUUGCAUUCUUACAUCACCUAAAAUGUAAGUGCUUUUAAUGUCUGGGGGUUUUCUCUUUUUUUUUCUUUCUUCCUUUAUUUUUUUUUUCUAUCAAAAUCUCAAUACUUGACUCAGGGGCUACAAGGAUAUAUCAUUAUAUGCAAAAGUACUGUAUAUAUUUUCCUAUCUUUGAAGCUUGUAAGGAAAGUUGAUCAGUAACAAUGUAAAUAUAUAAAUAUAUAGAUAUAUACAUAUAUAAACAAACAAACGGUAUGUUGCAAAUAUAAAACUGCCAGCAUUCUCGAGGCACCUUCUAUUUUUUAAUUUUUUUAAAAAGCACCUGCAUGCUUGGAAAUGAUAAUGGUUCUGUUGCAUGGAGGUUCCUGUUUACUGUUUUCAAUUAAAAACUAUUUUAUUGCGGACAUGCCUUCAAAAAAAAGAUGAUAAUGACCCAAAAACAAAAAUGACUUGCUUUUCUUGAACUACUUUACCUUCAAACAAUUUUCUCUUCUAGUUUUAUCUUUUUUGGAAAAGACUACACAAUUACCCUUCUAGUAUUGAGCAUUUUGGAGUCAAAGCAACCUCCUUUAGCUUUGAACAUAAGGAAAACAUAGAUUUUUCUACAGAAACUUUGUAGUUUGGACAUUCAUGUAAAAACCCAAUUAGCAAAACACAAAUACAUUUUGGAAAAAGGAAAAAAGAAACCUGUAACUCGGUUGCAUAAUGGAAAGCAAACAUUUGUGACUUCAGUUUACAACAGUUGAAUCAUUUAAUGUUCUAAUUUAUUUUUCUUUAUUGAAAUUUCAUCGUUGCUCUAAGUUGCCACACUCAAAGGCAGCUAGCUGUCAAGACCCUCAAAUACAAACAAUGCAAUAAACAUAAUUUCUACAUAAACUAGAAAAUGUUGUCUUUUUUCAGUUGAACAGAUGCAUUUUUUUUCAAAAAAAAAUCUGAAUGGUCUUUUUCAUUGUAAUCCUUUGAUAUCUCUCUUUUUACCCUCUAGCCCCCAAUAUGCCUCAACACAGAGCUGCAAGCUUGAGUGCAUUUCCAAUCCUUUCACAUAACAUUUCUGGUGUCUAAAAUUCUUCCAAUAGGUAACAUUAAAUUGAAGGGGUUGAUCAAUUUUCUAUGGUUGCCAGGUCUAUCAACUACAAAUCGUGCAUGCGCAGCAAUCUGAGUCAUUGCAGAAAUAAGAAAAUCCAGAUAUAUCUCCCAUAUUUUACCUAGAGUUCUGAGGGGAGAAUUGUUAAUGAAUAUUAGCCAGUCAGCUUUCUGCCCAUUUUGUAACGAAGGGUCCAGCAAGACAGAGUAUGUAGACAUUGAUGGUAGGAAAAACAGAUUUCUGUUAAGCAUAUAUUUCCUUCUUCCUAGAGAGGUCUAGUAUCAGAAUCUAAAUUUGUAAUUGGAAGAUUUGUAUCCAAAGCAGGUUUUUUUUUCCUAAAUUAAUCCAGAAACAUUGCAGCUCUUGAGAGAAGUGGGGCUUUCAAGCUGCGUUGCUUGAGAAUCAAGCAAUGGAGUUAGUGGGGGAGGGGAGAGAAACUGUAAACAUUUAUAUUUGGGUAUAUGUUUAGACGAUAGAUGAUGGAUGGAUAGAUGGAUGGA